UUUGAGAUCCAGAUAAAUUUCACUUAAAUCUUUGUAGAAUGCCCUACACUUCAUACACUUCUUACAAUUACUCGAAUUAUGGCGCGGCUCGACCUUAUAGUGGCAGCAAAACCUACACUCCAUUCAGCCAAACUUCCGCGUAUGGAUCAACCAGCUCAAGUAACUACAACCUCACUCCCUCAACAUCGUUCUACCCGUACAGACUUGGCGGACAUUCGAGUUCCGGAAGCACUUCUUCCCCUUAUGGGCUGAAAUCUUCGGCUUCGUCCUCUGUUCUAUCAAAUUACGAUGCCAGCACAUCGCCCACAAGAAGGAAGAUUUCGGCCGUACCUUCUUUUUUGUCAGGAAAUACAGCGUCCCUUAGGAAAGCCUUUGGGGACACCGAAGCCUACGUCGAGGAUCUGCCAUCGGCACCGUAUAGGUCUCGAAGAUUCAAUUCGGAUGGAGAUAAAACCUACCCAGAAAGAUUUUACCUGCCUCGAAAGAGCACCAAUAAGGUAGAAGCGUCGACAUACACCUCCAAAUACACAUAUCUCGAUCCUCCUAAGCCGAAAGAAAUAAACAGCAAUGAUAUUAACUUGAGCAAGCCACCAACAUCUUCAAGGUUGCAUGGAGAUGUGAAGCGCAAUGAUCCAGGGAAAAUUUCUCGUAACCGUCAAGUGGUCCGUUUAACUAUCAAACGAAAUCAGGAUCAAAAGAAAAAUGUAAACGAGGUUCGAAAAAAUUCCAUCAAAACUGUGGCCCAGAAAUUGCUCGACAAAUACACUAUUAUUGAAAAGAAACCUAAUACAGCAAAUCUCCAGUAUGGACCGCGCGAUCGGUCAUAUUUUUAUUUUUCAUCAGACUCUGAUGAGGUUAAGCCUAAUCGUGACGUGGAAGAAGUUGUUGUUCGACUAGGGAGUGAAUCUCUUUCAGUAAAGGACCAAGAGGAGCAAAAAAGAACAUCUGCUUCUUCUCACAUUCCCCAGAGUAAUAAUGACCAGAAGAACAUUUACUCGGGAGCGAGGAAGCUUUCGAAGCCAGGAACAGAACUGGACGACGGAGUUGUUUUUUGUGCUGCCACCGACAAGUCAGUCGAAGAAACAGAACUCGCCAGCGCACAAGACGUAAAAGACAUGAUAGUAGCAGCAUCACUACACCCAGAUGUUGACAUCGAGUCCGACGAAGAAAUUAAGCAACUCAUAGAUGCGGAUAGCGGCGAAAGUUUUCCCAAUACCCCGACGAUCUGCGAAGAUACUGACAGCAAGAAAAUAUCAGGACGCACCGUGAACCCGAUGGAAUCUAUCGUUGCUAAGCGUCGAGCUAGCGGGGAUAUGAGUCUCAAUGACGGAUCAAUCAUCGUUGACAAGCUUAGACGCUUUGUCAAGCAGCAAGUAUCGAUCAAGAAAGCGAGUGUAAAAAGGCUGUCUAAGACCGGCCCCAAGAAAGACACUAGUCGAGGCGAUGUUAUAACUGUAAAGCUACAUGGUGUUAAGGAUUUUGAAGCGAACAAAAUAUCGUUCAUCCAGAAUUCUGAUGAACAAAUUUCUGCGCCGUGUGAAAAGAAUAAUGAGAAAUGCCAAGAAAAGGCGUGUGAUCUAUUGUCGUCUUCAGACGACACUCGGGAGCAGGAACGCCUUUGCAAGAAAAGCCCAACACCUCAGCUCGCUCUGAUGAAGGGUAUGGAAAAGAUAAAAAUGAGCAUUGCCGUCUGCGAUAACAUUUGCAAGAACAAAGAUGACUCUGAAUGCAAAAGUAGUUAUGAAAGUGGGCGUAAUAGUUUAUCUUCAGAAUCCUACGGAAGCAGUUGCAGUAGCAGUGUUAAUGGACCAACGGCCAUUGUUGGAAGUUUAACCCUUGCAUUGCAAACAAAGGAUGAAAAAUCAAACACUUGCCUUGAAGAUGCGCCAUGGAGGAAGAAAAGGUCACCGUACAUCAACAAAUCUAAAACUUCAGCUAAUAUCCUUAGUUCCGUUUCAUCCUCUGACAAUCCUUCCCUUAAUUUGUAUGAUUUAUCUAAAUCUACUUCAUCUUUUGCCCUUGAUAAUCCUGUUGACAGAGUAAAUAGAGUAGAGUUCCAGUGUGGUAAUGCUGCUUUGGAUUUAAACAAAGUCACGGGGAAAAUAUCCAUUAGUUUAGAUUCCGAAAAAUCCACCUUGAACCAAAAAUCGAGCGCUCAGUCUAGAGAAUUUUGGAACGUGAACGAAAUCAGAUACGUUAGUUUAAUUCAGGACGGCGAUCUUAAUAGGGCUUCAAGCUUUGUUGAUGACACAACCAAAAAAGUUCAAUCUUGGAAAGGGGAUGUAGUCACUCCGGAGAGUGAAUCAAUUGCGUGCCUACAGGACUCAGUCUCGACUUCGGAAAUUGUGCAAGCAAUGAAAAAAUCUUCCAGUUGUACACGAGCAGAAAAAGGAGAUGAAGAAAUAAACUUCGACGACAGGCGCUCUAAUUUGGACACGGCAUGGGUGGGUCACAAAAACUCUUCAAAUGCGAACGCCUCAUCUGAAGCAUUACGGCCGGAAGCUAAUAAGAAAUCUCCGAGGCCUUUGAUCAAAUUUGGAAAUGAUGCCGCGAAUAUAAAAAAUCUCUUGCAAAAAGGGAUUGGAACCAAUAAUAAUCGAAUUACCAAAGUUAAAGACAGUAAUGAAGAUGGAAGGUCUCUGCAAUUAUUCGAGAAAAAAGCUCAAAUGAGUUCCGACAAAGUUUCUGCGGCAGAACCUGCGAGGAAUAACAAGAGUCCUCCAAGCGUGGACCCAAAUAAAAUAUCGAAAGGAAUUGCCCACGAUAAAAAAUUUCUCAACGUCCGGACUGAUGAUACUGAUCUACCUGAUGUUUCAAAAGAAAAAAAUUCAUCUAAUGAAGAUGAUAAUUCUAGGGUACUUAGCUCUCCAUCAUCGAAUAAUGUAAUGCUAAACGACACGAAACGCAACAAAUUGAGUGAAGAGCAGAAAAGUGCUUAUAGGGAAGCAUUAGGUGUAGGAGAUGUAAAUGAAAAAUCAUCAGGAAAGAUAAAUUUGGGAAGAAAAUUGACCUCAACAAAUGGAAAUGAAAAAAUAAAAAUAUCACCAUCGACUUGUGGUUGUACCCAAAUUUCUGAUACUUUCGCUAAAGAAAGUGACACAAUAAUCGGGAGAAGUGAGCUUUGCCAAACAAAAACUGAUAAUAGAUUAACUGGUGGACAGGAAGAAGAUAAAUCCUCAAUUUUCAAUGAUAAAAAUGAAAAGAAGGUGCAUCCUCUACCAAUAUCCAACGGAAAGAAAGUUGACAAUGAAAUCCACAACGCGCGAAACGUACUCAAAAAACGGCCGGUUGAUAAGGGAGGAGGCAAUGAGAAAAAUAAACUUGAGGCCAACAAAGUUACUGAACCGACUUUGAGAAAAGUCUGGAAAAUACCGGUAUUGGAUCCCAAGCCCCCACCCGUCGACCAGCUUCGGGAAGUUAGGAAUGUUUUGAAAAGACCCGGGAAAUUAGGCAUAGGUCUCGAUCAGAAGAAAAUUAGUGCCUCCGAAGCUCAACAGUCUGCCAUUCCUGCCAAUAAAGCCAAUACCGACGGCGCCGCCUUGCCUGGUAAGCCAAAGAAGGUUUGGAAAAGACCAGUGGCUUGUCAAGCUCCGCAGAAGGAAAAUCAGAGUGAAUCGGAGGAUGACGAUUUAAAAAAUGCUAGACCCGCAUAUCACCGCAAGAAAAAAUCAGCAUCAAAGUCCCCACCAUUGUCUCCAAAUACUAAAAAAAAAGUUUUACCAGAUAGUAACAAUAAAAGUAACAAAGAUCCCUCCACUAAGUCGAGCGACCGCACCUCCAGCCAAGCGCCUCAAGAGCAGGAGCAAAGUGGCCUCAAACUAAAAAGUCCGCGCAUUUCUGCUGCUUCGACUUCCAUUUCUGGAAGUCCAAAUUUCUCUUCAACAGUUACUGAAGGAACUCAGCCUGAGAAUCUAAUUGGACUUUGCGCUUCAAAAUCUGCCGACUCAGCUUAUGGUUCAAGCCCGAGCACUCCUCAGCCUAACACAGCAUUACAACGAGAGCUCGGGCUGCGUUCCGAGGCAGUUUUAAAAAAUACGGGAUCUUCCUCUACCAAAUUAAACAACGAGGAAGGUGUUUGCAACGUGUGCGGAACAAACUGUCACCGAAAAUGCGAGAAGCAAAUACCCAACCUCUGCGGUGUGAACCAGAAGCUCCUAGCUGAAGCUCUCUCUUCGGUGAAAAAAGGAAGCACAAGCGAGAGCCGCGAAGGUAGACCAGCGCUGUCAUCUUCGUCAACGACAACAACCACAACAACGUCAGACGAUGACGACGAAGGCUCGACGACGGAAACGGACAGCGACUUUAGCGGCCCUGCGGAGAUAAGAUCUCCGCUCAAGACGCGGCCCAAGUUUAAAAAAUAUUGUGUUGAUGACUUCCGCUUUAUCAAAGUCCUCGGCAAGGGAAGCUUCGGUAAAGUUAUGCUGGCUCAGCAAGUUGGCACCGAGAACUAUUUCGCUGUAAAGUGCCUGAAAAAAGACGUAGUGCUGGAAGACAACGACGUCGAAUGCACUCUAAUAGAGAGGAAGGUUUUAACGCUCGGCACCAAACACCCGUACCUCUGCCAUCUCUUCUGUUCCUUCCAGACUACCUCACACCUGUUCUUCGUGAUGGAGUAUCUGACUGGAGGAGAUCUCAUGUUUCACAUCCAGCACUCCGGACGUUUUGAUGAAUAUCGCGCAUGUUUCUACUCCGCGGAAAUUUGCUCUGGCUUGAGAUUUCUACACAACAAAGGCAUAAUAUACAGAGACCUGAAGUUGGACAACAUUCUACUGGACUAUCAAGGCCACAUAAGAAUCGCGGAUUUCGGCAUGUGUAAACUACAAAUUUACCUCGACAAAUUUGCGGACACUUUUUGUGGGACUCCGGACUACAUGGCACCCGAGGUGAUAAAAGGUCAGCACUACAAUCAGUGCGUCGACUGGUGGAGUUUCGGCGUGCUGCUGUACGAGAUGAUGGUCGGCAAGUCGCCAUUCAAAGGCUGCGACGAAGACCAUCUUUUUUGGCUCAUCUGCAACGAGGAGCCUUUUUACCCUCGCUUCCUUACCACCCAGGCGCAGAGUCUACUCAAACAAUUGCUCGACAAAGACUGUACGAAGCGGCUGGGUAUUCCAUACAGUCCAUACGGAGACAUUCAGUGCCAUCCCUUCUACAAAUACAUCGACUGGAGCAAAAUUGAGAGGAAAGAAGUCGAGACGCCCUACAAACCUAAACUGAGGCACAUCUUGGACGUUCAGUUCUUCGACCCGCUCUUCACGAAGCGCAGCGCUGCGCUCACGCCGAUUGAUGACAGCAUUCUUUCUUCCAUGGACCAAACCCCCUUCAAGGAUUUCUCCUACACCAACCCCAACAUCACCGAGUAGUAAAACUACACAAGCCA